CCACUCCAAAACAAAAUAAAAUUGUGCUGCUCAAAAUUUUGCACCUCACCUCAUCAUCUGAAUUUCCAACAUGAGGCUCAAAUUCACUCCAAGAAAAUAAAAACAUGUCCCAAAAAAAAAAAACUCUUCAAAUUGCAACAAAAAAAAAGAAAUAAAUAAAAGAAAAUUAUGAAGAAAAAUCAGAAGCAUGAACAAGAACAAGAAGAAAAAGAAGACAUUGAAAUCCUCAAGGCAGUAGCACAAGCAUGGCAUGGCCAAUCCAGCAGUGCCAGGUCAUCAACUGCGGCAGCAUCGGAAUUCGACGCCCACCGAAGAUUCUUCAAGGGGAGGCCGACUCGGUUCAAGAUCGAGGCCGCGACGAAUUUAGCGACGACGAAGAAAAAUAAAGACGAUAGCUACUACCACCACCAAUGUGGGGCCAGUUGGGAUUUCAGACAGUCACUAUGGGAUUCUUACGAGAUUAUAUCGGUUUCCAAGAAGUUGGAAACCGGUUUAGUUAUGGCCGACCCGUUUUCCGCGCUGGAAAACGGGUCGGGCGUAGUCAAGAAGCGUAAAGAGGGUAAGAAUAGCUUGAGGAACUUGUUCAACAAAAUGUCUUCUAGAAGAUUCAGUGAAGAAGAUUUGCCGUCGGAUUAGAUUUAUUCAGCUUUAAAUACGAUUUUUGAGGAAUUAGAUUUCUUGUUAUUACCGGUUCGAAUAAAAUUUUCUUGUCUCUCUUAGAU